AUGGAGGGCACAAACAACACCACAGCCUGGUCUCAGUUUGACAACUCUUCCAACAAAACCCCAAAACCAGAGGACGAGGAGGUGAAGCUGAGUUACCAAGUGGUCGCAUCCCUUCUGCUUGGUGCCCUCAUCCUGUGCUCAAUAUUUGGGAAUGCUUGCGUGGUCGCAGCCAUCGCCUUGGAGAGGUCUCUCCAAAAUGUGGCCAAUUACCUGAUCGGCUCUCUGGCAGUCACCGACCUGAUGGUGUCGGUGCUGGUGCUGCCCAUGGCUGCGCUUUACCAGGUGUUGAACAGGUGGACUCUCGGGCAGAUUCCGUGCGACAUCUUCAUCUCUCUGGACGUGUUGUGCUGCACCUCGUCCAUCCUGCACCUGUGUGCCAUCGCCCUGGACAGGUACUGGGCCAUAACCGAGCCCAUAGAGUACAUGAAGAAGAGGACACCGAGGAGAGCUGCUGUUCUCAUCAGUGUCACCUGGCUGGUUGGGUUCUCCAUCUCGGUGCCGCCGAUGUUGAUCAUGCGUUCGAAGCCCAGCAGCAUGGCAGAGGACAGGGCGAACCCAAAGCAGUGCAAGAUCAGGCAAGACCCCUGGUACACAAUAUACUCAACUUUCGGGGCUUUUUAUAUCCCAUUAACUCUAAUGCUGGUUCUGUAUGGGAGGAUAUUCAAAGCUGCCAGGUUCAGGAUCAGGAGGACGGUGCGUAAAACGGAGAAACAGAAAGUGUCCGACUCCUGCUUGGUUCUAUCCCCUGCGUUGUUCCAUAAAAAGACUCCAGAUGCGCAGGGGAAGAGCUGGAAGAGGAGCGUGGAGCCUGUCAAUGGUGCUGUGAAACACGCAGAGGAUGGAGAGUCUCUGGAGAUCAUAGAAGUUCACAGCAACUCCAAAUGCAACCUGCCACUGCCCAACACUCCGAGCUCAGUGCCACUGUUUGAGAGCAGACAGGAGAAGGCCACCGAGGCCAAGAGGAAGAUUGCUAUGGCCAGGGAGCGAAAAACAGUGAAGACUCUGGGGAUCAUCAUGGGGACCUUCAUCCUCUGCUGGCUGCCCUUCUUCAUCGUCGCCCUGGUCAUGCCCUUCUGCCAGGGGUCCUGCUACAUGCCAAGGUGGCUGGAGGAUGUCAUAAACUGGCUGGGAUACUCCAACUCUUUACUCAACCCUAUUAUUUACGCCUACUUCAACAAAGACUUUCAGAGUGCUUUCAAGAAAAUAAUCAAGUGUCAUUUCUGCAGGUGA